AGAGAUUGAGGUGAAGAGAGAGCGAGGGAGGGAACAGAGGAGGACGGAGGGAGGCAGGCAGAGAAGAAGGGUGAUGUCACCUCUAACAGGCAGCCAAUGAGAGUUAGGGAGGGUGGAGAGAGAGCGGCCAAAGGAGGGUGUGUUUUUCUAUCACUGCAGCAUCAGCAGAGAGGAGAGGGGCACAAUAAAUUUCACAGAGAAGAAGAAGAAGAAGAAGAAGAAAAGGCACAAGUAGAUAAGAAGGAGAGGGGGGAAAGGACACAAGGAGUUGCCAGAGGAAAGGUGCAUCACUGUGGAGAGAAGAGACCAGCAGGAGGGCGUGGACCUGACUUAAAGAAGGAGACGGGGGGAAAAAAAGAAGAAAAGACAAGAAGGACCAAAGACGUAUGAGGCAAAGCUAAGGCCUCCUGGAGAAGAAACAUAGCCUCACACUUGCUCACCACGACUGUGUGUGUGUGUGUGCGAGUGAGGUUGCCCUCUGUGUGCAUUUUGCUACACGCGUGUGUGAGCAGGUGGGACUUUGAUGGGACAGUGAGCAAUGCCUCACACGCAGCGACAGCAGGUUGGCAGUAGGGGGCAGUGCUCCUCCCGCCUCCUCCCCCUCCUCCUUCUCCUCCUACCCUUUGCUGCCCAGCCCAGCCAAGCAGCCAUACACAUACCCUUCAACUACCACAUAAGUGAUCUCAAGAGGCCUCCAGUGAUCACCACGCAGCCGGAGUCUGUCACCGUCUUCAGCGUCGAAGACCUCGUCAUGAGCUGUGAAGCCUCCGGCAACCCUCCACCCAUUUUCCGAUGGACAAAGGAUGGGGAGGAGUUUAACCCAGGCAGUGACCCAGAGCUGAAGGUUACUGAGGACACAGGCUCAUUCGCAUUCUACACACUCAGUAAUACUAUGGACACCCUGAAACGGUACCAAGGCAAAUACGUCUGCUACGCAUCCAACGAGCUGGGGACUGCCGUCUCUAACGAGGCCAUACUCACCACCGAUGCUCCUCCAACACAGCAGAAAGAAAAGAAGGUUAAUGUGAAGUCUGAACAGGGAAGCAGUAUUGUUCUGAAGUGCAACCCCCCACAGAGCUCUAUGGAGCCCAUCAUCCACUGGAUGGACAGUACACUACACCAUAUCCAGCUUAGUAAGCGAGUGGUGGCAGGGAAGGAUGGUAACCUAUACUUUGCCCAUUUGACAACCAAGGACAGCCGGAACGACUACACCUGCAAUGUCCAAUACCUGACGACACGCACCAUUCUGACAAAGGAACCCAUCAUUCUGACUGUCAGCCCCUCCAACUCGGUAGUACGGAGCAAGAGGCCCCAGAUGAUGAGACCUACUGGAAGCCACAGCACUUACCACGCCCUCAGGGGCCAGACUGUGGAACUUGAGUGCAUCGUCCAAGGCCUUCCAACUCCUGACGUGUCGUGGUUGAGGAAGGAUGGUGAGCUGUCCGAGUCACGAACCACGAAAGAAAUGUUCGACCGCCGCCUGCGCUUCAGUAACAUCUCAGAGAGCGACGGGGGCGAGUACCAGUGUAUAGCCACCAACUCCCAAGGAAAGGUCACACACACCUUCACUGUGAUUGUGGAAGCUGCUCCCUACUGGACCAAGGAGCCAGUCAGUCAGUUAUAUGCUCCAGGUGAGACUGUCAGACUAGACUGCCAAGCAGACGGCAUCCCCUCCCCUGCCAUCAGUUGGACCAUCAAUGGGAUCCCCCUGUCAGCAAUCGAUAAGGACCCUAGACGUUCAGUGACACCAAGUGGAUCUCUAAUCCUAAAUGAUGUCAACUUUGGAGACACUGCCAUAUACCAGUGUCGGGCCUCCAACAAGCAUGGAACCAUCCUCACCAACACCAACGUUUAUGUCAUCAACCUGCCUCCACAGAUCCUCACAGAGGAUGGGAAUACAUACACAUUUACAGAGGGCCAGAAGGCUUUACUGGAGUGUGAGACCUUUGGUUCUCCUAAACCUAAAGUCAUAUGGGAGAAUGGCAACGCCUCCUCCCUGCUGGCUGAUCCCAGAGUUAACCUCCUCACCAACGGGGGGCUUGAGAUCUCUAAUGUCACCCACAACGAUGAGGGCUCCUACACCUGCUUUGUACAGAACACCAACAACAACUUGUCUAUCACUGCAGAGCUGGAAGUCCUCAACAGGACAGUGAUCCUGUCGCCACCACAGGCUCUGAAGGUGCAGCCUGGAAACACAGCAAUCUUCACCUGUCUGGCCCAGGUUGACCCCAAACUCGGACCUCAACUCAUUCUGUGGAGAAAGAACAAUCAGAAGCUGUUUGAGUCCGAGACUGAUGAAAAAUACACAUUUGAAGGACCAGACCUGAUAAUAACUAAUGUGGGACCAGAUGAUGAGGGUGUGUACACCUGUGAGAUCAUCACCAAGCUGGACAUGGCUUCAGCCAACGGCACCCUCACUUUAUGUGAUCGCCCAGACCCUCCUUUCCAACUCCAGAUUACUGAUCCCAAGCGUCGUGAGGUCACCCUCAGCUGGACUCCUGGAGAUGACCACAACAGCGAUGUGCUAGAGUAUGUGGUUGAGUUUGAGGACCAAGGUUCGAAGGAGAGGGGUUGGGAAGAGCUGAAGAGAGUAAGAGGGGACAAAGAGCGUGCUAGUCUCCCUCUGUGGCCCUACAUGUCUUACCGUUUCCGGGUCAUUGCAAUCAAUGAUGUGGGCAAGAGUGACCCCAGCAAACCAUCUGAAAUCCACAACACACCUGCUGAAGCUCCAGAUAAUAACCCUGAAGAUGUUAGGAGUGAGUCUGCAGACCCAGACACUCUGGUCAUCAUGUGGGAGGAAAUUGACAAACGCAACUUCAACGGGCCUAACUUCAUAUACAGGGUGCUGUGGAGGCGAGCAGUGGGUAGCGGGCCCGACUGGCACAUCAACGUCACAACUGCACCGCCAUUCAUUGUCAGUGGUGUUGGCAACUUCUCUGCAUUUGAGAUCAAAGUUCAGGCUGUCAAUGAGAAAGGUCAAGGACCUGAGCCAGACCCGGUCAUUGGCUACUCAGGAGAAGAUGUACCAUUGGAGGCUCCGAUGGAUGUGGGUCUUGUACUAGUGAACAGCACCACCAUCAAAAUGACCUGGGCACCAAUAGACAAGCAGACGGUCAGAGGACACCUGCUUGGAUACAAGAUCUACUUGAACAGGACCGGCUCUAGGGCCCACCCCAGGGCCAAAGAGUCAGAAGGCAGUAUGGUGGUGGUGACUGGGCCUAACGUGGAGAAGAAGGUGAUCAGUGGUCUCAGACCGUUCUCCCACUAUGAACUGGCCGUCGCUGUGUUCAACAGCAAGGGAGAGGGACCUGGCUCCGAGACGUUGUCCUUCAGGACUCCUGAAGGAGUUCCUGGUCCUCCCAUGUCCCUGGUGUUGGACAGCCCAUCAGAGACAGAAAUGACCCUCCACUGGACGCCUCCUAGCCAGCCCAAUGGAAUCCUCAUCGGAUAUCUACUUCAAUACCAACGGAUUGUGGAGAGCGAUGACAGCCCCAUGCAGGUAGUGACAAUAGAAGAUCCCACAGUCACCCGCCUCACCCUGGGGACCCCCCUGGACCGUCACAGUCACUACCGAUUUUACCUGAGGGGGCGCACUGCUGCUGGGGACGGAGAACCCAUCAUGAGGGUGGGCGCCACCACACUGGAUGGAGAGCCUCCCGCCAACAUCAGCCUGUCUGUGGGGGAAAACUCAGUUAACCUCAGCUGGGUGACCAAAAAGAGACACAGGAAUGUUAGCUUCCAGAUUCUCUACCUCAACAAGAAUGAUGGCAGUAAAUGGAAGAGGACAGAGAAGGUGAACUCCUCUCAGUCUUUCUACCAGCUCCAGGGUCUGACUCCUGGCUCUCAUUACCGUCUACGCUUCAUCCACAAAAACACCACCUUCUGGGAGACUGACAUUGAGACAGAAGGAACAGGAGUGAAGGAGGUGCAGACAAGCUUUGCGACGCAGGGCUGGUUCAUCGGUGUCGUGAGUGCCAUUGUGCUGCUGCUGCUGAUACUGCUCAUCCUCUGCUUUAUCAAGAGGAGUAAAGGGGGAAAGUACUCAGUGAAAGAUAAAGAAGAAGGUCCGAUGGACUCAGAGGCACGGCCUAUGAAAGAUGAGACUUUUGGAGAGUACAGAUCUCUAGAAAGUGAUCUCGAGGAGAAGCGCACGGCCAGCCAGCCGUCCCUGUGCGAGGAGAGCAAGCUGUGCAGCGAGGACAACCUUGACUUCAAUGGCAGCAGUGCCAUAACCACGGAGCUCAACAUAGAUGAAUCUCUGGCCAGCCAGUUCAGUCGGCCCAGCGAGGGUCCGGAGGUGCUCCAUGGCCUGCCGGACAACUCCCCGCUCAACCCCACCACCGUCUCCCCCGCCACCAAUGGCAUGCCCAACUCAGUCACCAUCCUCGAUUAACCCCUCACCCCGACACACACGUCCACCGGGGACCAUCAGACCAAAACAUGUCAACACAUAUGUGCCCAUAUGCUCUUGUUCCUUACUGACUUGCUGAUCUGUACUUUGACAACUAAUACACAAUCAAUAUAUUGACUAUUCAGAUGCCCCUGGCAGUCAUCUGAUCGACUGGACUAUUUUGACCAAAGGAGUGUCCAAAGUAGUGGACAAUAUGAUACAAGUCUGACUGACCUGAAGAUGUCUUUUGACCCCCUUACCCUCCUUUACCUGUGUAGUUUACAACAAAUCUAAACGACUAACAUUCAUUUUUUCUCCCUUUCUUCUCUUUAUCUUUCUCUCAGCAACCAACUCCAUAGAAAUAUAACAACAGAAUGCUGUACAGGUAGAAAUAUCAGAGGGACUGUCAAUGUGGUCCUAUAGAGAUGCAGAGUAGUAAAUUGAAAGAGGAAGAGGAUGUGGAGGGGAAACAGACAGCACAUGCUGCUGUAACAAGUCUUGAGCUUAGAUAUUUAUCAUGUCUUGACUUAUUUCCCUCCUGAUUUUGUAUGUCUAAUGCCAUUGAAUUUCUCAGAUUGUACUUGCCAGUGACAUUUUUUUUUUACGUGUUUCUCAUUAUGUGCCAUUUUAUUUUUUUAUCUCAUUUUUUUCAUAUCAUGUUCUACACUAUUUAUAUAAAACUCAUGACUUCUCUUUGACAUAUUUCAUACAUCAAGAUGUUUUCAUUGAAACUAAGCGAAGCCAAGUCUCUUACUAUAAAUAACAUUGGAUGCAUUAAGGGGAACUUGCUGUGAAGAUGCUGAGUAGCAUCUGGUGUAUAUAGCUGCAUCUACAUCUAUCUAUUUAGCCAUAAUACAGUAUUAUAGAUAUGUACAUGCUCCUCGUAUGUUCCUGUGCCUGCUGGGUCUGCAUAGAGCACCAGAUUGAUGUCAUUACUCUCUCGCCUUCCCACCAGAAGUGUAAUGUCAUUAUUGGAAAUGAUAUUGUAAUUUUUUGUGUCAAGACCUAUGUGUAGCUUUCUGUACCCGUCUUUGUCUCUUUCUACACCGUAUUAAAAACAUUGUUGUCUCUAAUUAACAAUCUUUUCAUACCUGUUCAUCUCAUACUACGCAAACUGUUUGAGGAGCAGUAUUUAUGUAUAUUACAGACCAGAGAGUGGAGUCCUGUGGGCAAACACUCUCUCAAGUUUUAUUUUCAGACCCUCAUCAAUGCAAGUUGAUAUUUCAGACAGGCCUAAUGAUUGCCAGUUGAUGUAUAAUAAAGGCAAACAGUUGGUAUUUACAUCAAACACAGAGAAUGUAUUCUUUUCAGGGCUGGGUAGACACUGUAUCUACAUGCUACUGAUAAAAAAAAACAUCUGAGCUACAAGGUACUGGAGAGAGAAGAGUGGUUAAGAAGGACAGUUUUUUCCCACUGAAUGUAAAUACAACCCAUAAAGAUUGUUUUGAUGAACCCAACCAUGUUUGAUAAAAAAAUGUGAAAAAUGUGCAGGUUUAAAAUGACUUAAUUUUAAAAUGUUGCAAGCUGUAAUUUUUCUUCUUUGUACUAUUGCUAUGAAUUCAAACUUUUUGACGAAUGACUGCAGUGAGAUUUGGCUGUUUUAGCAAAAAAAAAAAAAAAAAGAAA